AUGGACGAAAAGUUACGUCCUCAUUCUAUGAGAGCAAAUGCCUUCUUAGCUAUUGUACUCGCUACAGGAGCAAUAACAUCAUGCAUGAUUUCAUUUCCUCUUGUAUUUACUUACAUUCAAUCACUAGAAAGUCAAGUACAAACCGAAGUUGACCUUUGCAAGGUACGUGCACGAGAUAUGUGGAAAGAGCUACUAGCCAUGAAAACUGGCGGAGAUCAUUCAACAACGCUGCGAGUUGCUCGUGCAGCAGAAGUGUUAAAAGGUUUGAAAACUAACGCUAAAGAAGAGGGUCGAGCACGACGUCAAAGUGGCAUGUGUUGCACAUGUCAACGUGGACCACCAGGACCUCCUGGAGAACCGGGACCUGAUGGCCCUGAUGGCAUCGAUGGUAUUACUGGGGAUAUUGGACCACCGGGACUUCCAGCACAAGCACCACCCGAAUGGUCUCAACGUUUUCCCGAGCAGUGUCCGUGUGAAGCUCCAGCUGGUCCCCCCGGCAGCCAAGGACCUCGAGGUCCUCAAGGACUGCCGGGAGAUAUGGGUGCUCCUGGAGUUGACGGCGGACCAGGUGAACAAGGACCACAAGGACCACCAGGAUUGCCUGGGCGAAAUGGUAACCCUGGUAUGAAAGGAGCUCCCGGUCAACCUGGACGUCAGAAUCCAGGAGUUGAAGGGCCACCAGGACCUCCUGGACCACCCGGAAGACCCGGAAACGCUGGACCUCGUGGACCACCAGGACCUCCUGGUGCGAACGGAGAACCAGGAACACCUGGCAUUACUGGUCCACCAGGACAGCCUGGCCAACCAGGUCAAGCAGGUCAACCUGGAGCUCCUGGUGAUCAGGGUGAUGAAGGACCGAGAGGACGUUGUGAUCACUGUCCACCUGCUCGAUUGGCUCCUGGCUAUUAA